AUGGGUCCAAUAUCGACCCCUCAUCAAACAAGCUCAUAUGGAGUAAUAUCCGACCUUUGCGCAGCCUCUGUCGCCGAGGCCGUUGCCUGUGUUUUCUUGGCUCCAGCCGAGGCGCUGAAAAAUAAUGCGCAAAUGAUCCAAUCAACAUCUUUAAAGGCCCCAACAUCCACAACUCAGGGCCAUAAAAGGGCUAGUGUUCGGUCGGCUUCGAUCCAAGCGUUCAAGAAAUUCAAGAGUGUCAGGCAACUAUGGAGCGGAUACUUCGCACUCCUAGCACAUCAUUUGCCCUUCACUGCUAUUCAAAUGCCCAUCUAUGAAAUCUUGAAAAACCACAUCUCUCAAUCGGUGACUUUCCAGCGAACAUUGCUAUCCAGGACCAGCGAUAUCGACGUGAAACACUAUCAAGUCAUCAACAGUGUCACAAAUGCUGCAGCCAGUGGUGCAAUGGCAGGGGGCAUAGCCACAGUGCUCACUGCCCCCACAGACAUGUUGAAGACUAGAGUAAACCUGGACGCUUCUGACCAAAGUUUUCCGCAAAAGAGCCGAAUCAUGCAUGCUGCGCGCAAUAUCUUCGCAACAGAAGGCUUCCGCGGUUUCUUCCGCGGCUGUGGCAUCAACAUCUUUAUGGGGGUGGUAGGCUCUGGCGUAUGGUUGGGUCUCUACGAAGGCACGAAAACUUGGCUAAGCCACAAAUAA